AGCACAACCACACGACGUGCUUCUUCGUCCUGCCUCUUACUUUUUGAGAUCAUAUCAUUUGAAAAUGACAAGAAACAAGAAAAAUAAGUCCAUCAAGAUGUUACUUGGAUCUAGAUUCCUGUACUUUCCUGUGUUUAGCUGAGCUGGCUGUGAGUGGGCGGUGACAUUUUGGUGUGGUGUGUUGUUAUUUUCACUUUCAUUUCACUUUAAAAGAGAGAGAAGUGUGCAGUCCUGCUCCACUGGAACAACUGGCAUUGGGACACUCUUGGAUCCAAGGAGUUGAGAAGCAGGUGAAUUUGGAGCCUGGUAUGGAGUUUUUGAGAUAAUUCAGAAUCAUGGCAGGUAAUCAUAAUAGAGAUCUGAGACAAACAGCUGGAAAUGCUAAAGAAAGAGAAAGUGUUAGAGGCAAAGAUGUCGACUGUCCAAUCUGCAUGGAGAAAUUUACUGACAAACAGAAGCUGAAGUGUGGCCACGAGUUCUGUAGAGAGUGUCUGGAGGCAUCAUUAAAGUGCAUGGGUGAAAUCUGCCCAGUGUGUAAGAACAUCUUUGGGGCACUGAAGGGAAAUCAGCCUGAGGGAAAUAUGAAGAGCUUUAAUCGUUCAAUCUGUCUGCCUGGCUAUCCUCACUGUGGCACUAUUGUGAUUGAGUACUUCAUACCAGGUGGCAUUCAGACGGAUAAACAUCCAAACCCUGGAAAAUAUUUCAGUGGAACCCAACGCCAUGCUUUCCUCCCUGACAAUGAUGAAGGAAGGCAUGUGCUGCUGCUGCUCAAAAGGGCUUUCGAUCAGAAAUUGAUCUUCACUGUCGGGACCUCCAUGACCACUGGAGAAGAAAAUACUGUGAUCUGGAACGACAUUCAUCAUAAGACUAACACAAGUGGUGGGCCGCAGUGUUAUGGCUAUCCAGACCCCAACUACUUAAAGAGAGUGAAAGAAGAGCUGAAGGCCAAAGGCAUCGAGUGAAGAUACAAAACUGCACACAAUUCUAUUUCACUUUUUUCCUAUGCAGUGACUUAUAAGUGGAUUCUUCUAAUUUUGCCUCCUGUUGUUCACAGUCAAACUGAAAUCAAACUGACUUUGUUCAAAUUGAGCACAAUUCACCAUAUCUUUUAAAAAUCUUUUAAUUAUUCUUUUUUUUUGUUAUCUUCCCUAAAAAAAUCAGGGAUGUCAUAAGGGGGACCCUAAUGGACCCUUAAAAGACAAGGCCUCAAUAAUAACAUACACAGUGUGAAUUUAAAAUUACAAAAGAUUUUUUAAAAUAUUUUAUUCAAUAUUUCAAGAAUUCUGUGAACAAGAGGUGAAUAAAUUCUAUGUGCAACAUUUUUGAGUUUUAAA